ACGAGAUGGCGCUGUAUGUUUCUGUGCUCGUUGUUGUUCGCAGCGAAGUCUCGUACAAAACUGCGAGACUUGCAAAUCCCGUUCCUCUUUCUACUAGCCUCCAAGAUGCCGACCAAGAAGACCAAGACCAGGAAGCUACGAGGACACGUCAGCCACGGACACGGUCGCGUUGGCAAACACAGGAAGCAUCCUGGAGGUCGUGGUAAUGCUGGUGGUAUGCAUCACCACAGAAUCAACUUCGACAAAUACCAUCCUGGGUACUUCGGUAAGGUGGGUAUGAGACACUACCACCUGAAGAGGAACACAAAGUUCUGCCCCACCAUCAACCUGGACAAGCUGUGGACGCUGGUGAGCGAGCAGACCAGGGUGCACUAUGCCAAGAAGCCUGACGGACCUGCUCCCAUCAUUGAUGCUGUUCGUGCUGGCUACUACAAAGUUCUGGGCAACGGCAAGCUGCCCAAGCAGCCCGUUAUUGUCAAGGCCAAGUUCUUCAGCCGCCGCGCUGAGGAGAAGAUCAAGGCGGUGGGGGGAGCCUGUGUGCUGAUGGCAUAAUGCUCCUGUCCAUAUUUUUUUGGAAAAUAAACUGUGUAAAUGGGA